UAGCCAAUAGGAAACGAUUCUCACUAGACGAAUGGCACAGAGCUGAGCACCAAGAGUCUACGAAUCGCCGUUGCUCCUACAGCCAUUGCAGUGCCAGCGAUAUAGACUAUUGAGAUAAGCCGAGGCUUUGACACAUUCAAGAUGCCUAAAGACCCGAGGAAACCAAAAGGCAAAAUGUCUUCAUACGCCUACUUUGUUCAGACAUGUCGGGAAGAGCACAAGAAGAAGUACCCGGGCACCGGCGUCAACUUCGCAGAGUUCUCCAGGAAGUGCUCAGAGAGAUGGAAGACCAUGUCUGCCAAGGAAAAGGGCAAGUUUGAGGAUUUGGCGAAGCAGGACAAGGUCCGUUACGACCGGGAGAUGAAGACUUACACCCCACCGAAAGGAGAGAAGAAGAAGAGAAUAAAGGAUCCCAAUGCUCCUAAGAGACCCCCGUCUGCAUUCUUUGUUUUUUGUGGCGAGCACCGCCCCAAAGUGAAAGGGGAGAAUCCCUCCCUGACCAUCGGAGAGAUCGCCAAGAAGCUGGGCGAGAAGUGGAACGGCACGUCUCCGGAGGACAAGGUGCCGUUCGAGAAGAAAGCUGCCAAGCUGAAGGAGAAAUAUGACAAGGAUUUGGCAGCGUACCGUUCCGGCGGCAGGGCCAGACCCGCUGGAGGCAAACCCAGCUUCGCCGCUGCUGCCAAGGCCAAGAACAUGGACGACGACGACGACGAUGAUGACGACGACGACGACGAGGAGGACGAUGAUGACGACGACGAUGAUGAUGAAUAGGUCAUAGAGCCUAGAUUGUGUAAAGCGCAAAAAAAAAAAAAAGUUAACCCCCAUGUACACAUUUCAUGUCUCCAAACAGAAGCUAGGUUGCGUACAAAAUGUUUUGAAGCUGUA